AUGGGCUCGGACAAGCCGCGCGACCCGGUAGCCGGUCCCGACACAGGCCCGGAACCUCCUUUUCCCGUGCGAUUGUCAGGGCCAGUGAUUAAGGGAUUUGGCCGCGGUAGCAAAGAUCUCGGAAUUCCCACCGCUAAUAUCCCCGCCGAUGACCUGUCAGAGAAGCACCCAGAGCUGACAAGCGGUGUCUACUACGGCGUUGUAGCGCUUGACCCAAAGACAUACCAACAUGAAUCUCCUCAAGCUGCUGGCACAUCCACUGCGGUGGUUUUGCCUGCUGUGUUGAGUAUCGGAUAUAACCCCUUCUAUAAGAAUACUGUGAGAUCUGUGGAAAUCCAUAUCAUGCCACCUCUUACGGAACCAUCGCCCACUGCUGCGGGGCAGGAGGGUCAAACUAAAUUCAAUCGCUUGCCGGAUUUCUACAAAACGCGACUCAACCUGCUCAUUCUGGGUUAUAUCCGGCCUGAGUUUGAUUAUGUCUCGUUAGAAGCCUUGGUGGAGGAUAUUCGGGUUGAUUGUGAGGUUGCGCGGGCGAGUCUGCUGCGCGAGGCGUACAAGUGCUAUCUCGUUGACAGCGUUAAAGCACCUGAAAAAGUCAACGAGGAUCAUUACAUUCAGAUCAUGGUCAACGUAUUGCAGCGCUUCACUCGACGCCGAGCACAAAGCUCUAGCAGUCAAACACCAGAUCAAGGUGGAGAUACCACGGGCCCCAAUUCCGCAGCAUCCCAUCCACAUGGUUUACACCGGGCAGUGAGCACGAGCUCCGGCAAACGCAGCUGGCGAUAUGAAGAGCCAGCUCCUCGACAUCUCAUUAUGGUCUCUGACACCGUUGAAUUUGAUACCCAUGUAGUCCACCGCUUUCAAUCAGAAGGAUUUGAUGUGAUCUAUAUCCCCUUCCCCGGCACCGGAGACGAAGAUAAGGACCGAAAAGCGCUGGAGAAUGCGAUACACGCACAAGAAGACGAACUCGAGAAUGGAGAGCGAUAUGCGAUAGUUGCAUACCACCGACCCGCCUAUCUCCUCCUAGCCUCACACCACACAGUACACACAAACACAAACCCAUUCCCACACCUAUGUGCCUUGAUAGCAUACUACCCCAUUUCAUCAACAGACGAAUUUACCUACAGACAAAGAGAAGACUGCUCGCCCCCAAGCUGCUCAGACACAAGUUCAAUCUUCGGCCCAGUCUCCAAAUCCACAUAUCUCCCGAUUCAAGUCCACGUCCCAGGCCCACGAGUUCAGCCCUGUGCACUGUGGCCAUGGAUAAGUCUCAGUGCUUCAGAAGGCGACGUCACCUACAAGAAAAAACACCGGUGCUACGUGUACUCGUACCCGGGGUCCAGAUCUGGGUUCGCGGAGCGGGAAGUUGCAGAGGAAAAAGAAGGAGAGGUGGAUGUGGACUUGAAUGCGGAGGAUGAGAUCGGCUCGCAACUGGCGUGGAGUCGGGCGCUGGCGUGUCUGCGGCGCUCGUUUAAUGUCGGGAGUCACUGGCCUGUUAUUGAUAUCGAGACUGUUUGGGAAGAGUACUGGGAUAGUGUGGUUGGAGAGCUGGAGACACGCAAACAGAAUCACAAAUGUGGUUCUGAAUGUACAGUUGGGAUGUUGACUGAUAAUAGCCAUUAUGGCGAGGUGGGAUGUCCUGCUGGGGAGGUGCAUGUGAAGUGUAUUCCUACCCAGACUGGAGGCUCGGAUAUCUCAAGCCUGAGAGACUUUUUCGCUCAUGCGUAUAUCCCUGCUGGACCAGUUGAUCAGCACGUCCGCCUCUUAUCGCGCACUGUGGGUGCGGAUCGGAUCGCGGAUGAGAUGUUGUUUUCCUGUCGGCAUACUGCUGAGGUUCCAUGGCUACUACCCGGUGUCUUGCCGACGAAUCGAGAAAUCAGAGUCAUCGUCGUUGUAGUGGCAAGCUUCAGUGCUGGUCAGAUUACACGUCAGAGUCUUUAUUGGGACCAGGCCGGUGUGCUUGUACAGGCUGGAUUAUUAGAUCCGGGACUUGUGCCGUCGGCAAAAGCCAUUGAAAGUCAUUGA